CCUCCACCGAGGAACGUUCUCCGCACGGUGUCCUUAGUUCUCUCUCCCUCUCCUUUUUCUCCCUCGACAUCGAAGGGAGAAAAGUCGGGAACGCAAUCCCCGCAACAGGGUCCUGUAACCUCGAAGUGUCGCGCCCUAUUCGAGAUUUCCACUUGAAGAAAGAUUUCGGAAAGUUGAAAAGCGAUUUGAAAAAAAAAAGAAAAUAGAAACAAAUUAUCGUUAACAAAGGAUCAACCGCGAUGUGACCGAAGCCUCGAGGAUUCUCCCCGGCCCGGAAGAGUGCGAUGACGGCCGCGAAGAUUGGCGCGAAUCGCUCGAACGGUCUCGGCUAGACCCGCUCGUCCCCAAGGGGGAUAAGAGGAACCAUGUGGAAAAAUUGCAUCUUGGUUUUGUGCGCCGCAGGGAUCGCCUCGGCCGUGGUGGAGCCGCAAAGCUUCAGCGUUAAUCCACCGCCCAGGCACCGAGGAAGAAACGGCAGAGGAAACGAGGGUAUCCGACGAUUUGCGUGUCCCGUGGGAUUCUUCAGAUUACGGAGGAACUGUUAUUACUUGAGCGCCGGUACGGCGCCCUGGAGGGAGGCCCACUUCCACUGUAAAGACAGGAACGCGACGCUUGCGGUCCUGGACAAAGGCGGCAAGGACAGGAUCCUGAGGAAGUACCUGAUGGGAGAUCAAUUCACCAAACUGGAGCGCUGGAUCGGCGGUAUCUUCAAUUGGCAGCAAAUGGCCUGGGAAUGGGGUGUCUCCGGCGAGAAGAUAGUCUUCCAGAGCUUCAGCAAACUGAACCCUGGGAACUCUAAGCAGUACGCGUGGCACUGUAUCAUAAUGGACCCUGCUCUGAAGUAUAAGUGGAGCCCCAGGAGUUGCGUGGAGCCGAAACACUACAUCUGCGAAGUGCCGGCAGGACGUAUAGCGAAGCGACGUAAGAAACUGGUGGAUGAGCCUCAGAACCAAAGGAUGAAGCCUCGGAAGACCGGCAAGAAGUACAAUCCUAAUAACAAUCAGAAAAUCAGACAACACCGUCGAAAUAAACAACAACAGGCGUGGAGACGAGAGUGGAUGCGACAAAGCGCCAACGAAGGAUGGUCCCAUGGCGUUAACUUGGGCUCCCGACCACCCUCAAACGUGAGACUGGCACCGGGAGCGAGACCUAGCGACAGGAUGCGUCACGCCAACAAGUAUCUUCAGAGCACCGUACCUCGGGUUUCCCAAAUUAUUCCCCAGGGUCGGGAAUAUGGAGCUUAUUUGGGAGACGGUCCAGCAAACCAUAAGCAAUCGCAAAGUCUGGCCGACAGAAAUAACGAGCUGUCGCAGUUCCAUGCGAAAAUUAACGACCUGUCGUUGGAAGAAGUAUUACUUAAAACGUGAAGAGAGAACUCCCCGAGACAGCGGAUUUUCUUUUCGAAUUCCUUUGCCAAGAAAAAGUGCGCGACCCGCGCAGCUUUAGACUUUAAGUAGUAAGAACAGACUGAAAUAAUUUAUUUAUCGCGCAUACUCUAUACGUUUGGCGAAUUUAGCGUUAAGAUGUCAUUCUACUCAAACUUUGAAACGACGAAUAACAUUACUUAGUGGAUGAAGUUAAACAGAAGUUAUCUGUUGAAUACCUUAUUCGUUGAUGAUGAAACUGCAAAUUGGUAGCUUCUUAAUUGUCUUAGUUACAAUAGCGAACCGAGAAAAUAUCCCCCAUCCCUUAAAAACGAUUAUUUCAUAAUUGAUUAAUGCUCUUGUAAUUAAAUGGUUGUUACAUUUUCGUGAAGCCAGGAAUUCAAUGUAAACGUUGCAAGCAUAAAGCUUAUCGUGUCUGCGAAUAUUUUCCUUUAAGUUAUAAUGCACUUCGAGCUAGCUUUAAUCGCAUUGAUGUACUACUUUUUACACUGCUAUGCCUGUAAAUAUAUACUGUGUAAGGUGCCGAACCACUGAAAUUUGUUGCACCUACAUUUGAAUGUAUUUAACUUAAAUGUAUUGUAUCUUAACGUAACUGUACUGUAUAUCGAAUUCAAUGAACCAUCGUCACUGUAUCCAAAUGUCAGAGUAUUAAUAAGACACAAUAAUCAAUGUAGAA